GGCUGCGAGGUAUCAUGGAGGAUCAGUUAGAGAACAGUAGACGUUGAAGAAAGCUGAGCUCGUGGGUUCGCGCUUUCGGAGUUUCUAACAAAAAUAUAUAUUUUUAACGGUCUUGUCCAGUGCGCUAAUCUUCUCACACAAUGGAGAUGAAGAAGAGGAUCAGUUUAGAGCUGAGGAACAAAACUCCGGCAGAGGUGGCAGAGCUGGUUGUGGACAAUUGCCGCUCGAGUGAUGGAGAGAUCGAGGGCCUCACAGAUGAGUUCAAGGAGUUGGAGUUCCUCAGCAUGGUUAAUGUUGGUCUCACAUCCCUGGCCAUGCUUCCGUCACUGCCUAAACUGAGGAAGUUGGAGCUGAGUGACAAUAACAUCUCGGGCUCUUUGGAGAUACUUGCAGAGAAAUGCCCUAAUCUGACGUACCUGAACCUGAGUGGCAACAAGAUUAAAGAACUCAGCACAGUGGAAGCUCUGCAAAACCUGAAGAAUCUGAAAAGCCUGGACCUUUUUAACUGUGAGAUCACAACACUGGAGGAGUACAGGGAGAGCAUUUUUGACCUGCUGCCUCAGGUCACAUACCUGGAUGGCUUUGAUGCCGAGGAUAACGAGGCUCCCGACUCGGAGGAUGAUGAUGGUGUUUGUGGUGACUCGGAAGAUGAUGAAGAUGGUGAGGAGGGAGCUGGACCUGUUGGUGAUUAUGAUGAUGAUGAGGAGGAGGAGGAGGAGGAAGAAUCAGAGAGUGGAGAGGUUGGACUGUCCUACCUGAUGAAAGAUGAUAUUCAGGAUGAGGAGGAUGAUGAUGACUAUGUAGAAGAAGAACAGGAGGAGGAGGAAGGUCAAGAAGAGGAGGCAGGGGUUCAGGGAGAGAAGCGGAAGAGAGACGCAGAAGACGAGGGUGAAGAUGAUGAAGAUGACGACUAACCCCAUGUGUCUGUUGAACAACUUUUUAAAAAAUGUGUGAUCUUGCAGAUUGUUUUUCUCUUGUAUACCAUAGAUAUAUCACUGUAGAGGCUAAAUGUUUUCUUUUGAUAAAUACAUAAUAUACUAUAUCAAAGGGGUUUAUUGAUAAUUCAUUUAUAGCCAUUCCGAGUUUUUGUCCCAGCAUUAGAAUCUAGUCAUUGUUGCUGAGCGGUGGGAGGGGAGAGGUCUGUGGGCAGUUUUGAUGUGUCUCCACACCUUUCCCAGAGGACACUGGGACAUAAAUACUGGUAGGGGAAUUGACACAGCAACCUUGGUUUGUAAAGCAUAAACUCACCCAGUUAGCUCAUGCUAAACCUGCCAGUGACUUUACCCAAGAUCUUCUCCAAGAGUCAGCCUGCUCCUCAUCUACCUCUCCGGGCAGCCUCAGUCUCAGCCCACUACGGAGCAUCGAGCCAAUGAUCUCCAGCUAGCAGCACUUGUGGUCCUGGAUCGACCAGCCCAUGCAGAAGAUAUCCUCCAUGGCACUAUCUUUGUAAGGGAUGCCGCCUCUUGAUUUACCUUAAGCCACGUUCAAAUAGACAGCCCAGAGUGUGAUGUAUGUAAAUGUGAUGUAAAUUAGGGAGGGGGUUUGGGUGCAGUAUAGUAUAAACAUUUUGACAGGAUUAUAACCUAUUUUAAUUGGAAUUGGUCUUUUUUUUAAUUAUUAUUUUAUUUUUUAUUUCACAGUGGGACACCAUGUUGAAAUGAACAGAAACCAUUUAAGCAUUUCACCCUUUCUUUUAGAAUCCAGUUAUCCUUGAUUUAUUGUCUGUAGCAAGGUUUUUUGUUUUUUUUUUCUCUUUUAAGAGGGAUAUUGCUGGGAAAUUUCACAUAAUGAUCAGGUUUAAUGGCUUUGUUGGAUUAAUUAUAGUACCCUUAUGAAGUUUUAUUCCUAUAUCUUGGUGUGGAAACGGGUUAGUUUAUACCUUUUGUGGGGGAUAUUUUACAGAAUAGUACCUUUAAACUAAUGUUCGUAUGGCAAUAUGUACAGUAUAUAGUGUAUGUUCCAACUGGUAAAUGUUAGUGUGAGGGUUUUUUUUUUUUUUUUUUUUUUUUUUUUUUAAAUAAAUAAUGAAGCUCUUUGGUUAAUUGUUUUAAUACAAACCAUAUGUUCAAGACUAAAAUCCCUAGAUGCGGGUCUCCUGUGUUUUUUAUUAUUUUUCAGUACUUUGCUGUGUUUCUGAUUGUGUGAGUUAAACCUCUCUGGAGGGAUUUAGUUUUGUUUGUUUUUAAUGUUUGAUUUCUUUUUUUCUUCUUCUUCUUUUCUUUUUUUCCCAUUUUUUUAGAAAACAAAAAAAUAAACACAAAAAUGACAAUUUAAGAUAAA